GGCGGCGUACAGUCUGACACUUCCCGGAAGUUAGCCAGCUGUCACCGGGUAAUGAUGGCGGCCGACGGGGACUUUCUGCUGCGUUACAGAGCCGUUUCUAACAAGCUGAAGAAACGAUUUCUGCGGAAACCCAAUGUUGCAGAAGCCAGUGAACAGUUUGGUCAGUUGGCGAAAGAGCUGAAACAGCAGGACUGCCUUCAGUAUGCCGGCUUCUGUAACCUGGCCAUGGCACGGUGUGAACAGACGCUAUUCAAUGCCCCCGGAGAGGCCAUGGCGCUGACUGAGGCUGCCCGUCUCUUUUUACAGGAAGAGAAGGAGACUCAGCAUUUGAAGUGCCCAGGAUUUGAGGAACACUUGCAGGCUGCCAUCAACUGCUACAGCUUCGCCAUCAAGGUUUACAUUGAACUUAAUCAGCCUGUCAUGGCGGCCAGUUUAUGCUUGGAACUGGGGAAUUCACUAAAGGACAUGAACAAGCUUGGUGAAGCUUUGGUUUACUUCCAGCGUGCAGCAGAGUUACAAACACAGGUUCCAAUUGAAUGUCUCCUGUCUCUCGGAUACGUUGCGUCUUGUAAGAUCAUGACGCGAGAUUAUGAUGGCGCUCUGGCUGUGUUCACAGAGAUGCAACUUCUAGCGCAAGAGAAGGGUCUUCACACACCAGGAAACAAUGUACCAGUAGGAGCAUUUUUGGACAUAAUUGUAAAGUGUGAAGUCUCCCGGGUGCUUCUCCUCAUGCUGCUGCAGCCUCCCCCUCAAAAGCUAUUGCCUGAACAUGCACAGACUCUAGAGAAGUAUGACUGGGAAGCUUUUGACAGCCACAGCCACGUGAAUUAUUUGACGGAGGAGGUGUUCUUACUGUUGCAGUCUGUUGUGAUGGCAUGCCAGGAAAACGACGUGGAAUCACUAAAAAUCUUGCAGGUGGAGCUUUGGCCACUUUUGACUGCAGAACAGAACCACUUAUUACAUCUGGUCCUUCAAGAAAUGAUUUCUCCUUCAGGUCAAGGCGUAUGAACCAUGACAUAUAUAAGAAUUACUGGAACCGUACAACCUUGGGUAUCCAAAACAUACGUAAAGAAGCUAUCCAUUAUUCUGGUGGCUGCAGAUUUGUAUUUUAUUUUAAUGGCUGUUAUGUAUGUUGUGUUAUGCAUUUUGUGGUUUCUGUGAUGGGCCCCAUUUAGAAUUGUGUGUCAUCCCUGUGCUGUCACUGCAGCACUCAUUGUCACACCUAUGGAUUGUUGCUCGAGAGGCCUGUCCUGGUUGCAUGUUCCUUUUAAAAUGUCUCUGUAUUAUAUGAUCUUUUUAAAGGACACUUUCCAUUUUGUUUUCAGCUCUAUCUAAAGUUCUAAAAUGUCAUAGUAAUUUAUUUCUGACAAUAGUGAGUGCUAUGAGGAUAAAUUCAGCCUGUCAAUAAAAUGGUCUUUUUUCAGUAGUA